AUGCUCGUCGUUGCUAAAAGAAUCUCGAAUUUUCUUCAAUUCCGUCCGAUUCUGAUCCUAUUCUUCUGGAGUCUAGCUAGUUUUACAUUUUUCCUGAUGUCCCUCACUUUCGAGUUGAUGCAAAUCCAAAUUGUUACAAAUAACAAUGAAACCACGGAAAAGGCUAUUGUGGAACAGAAACCUUCCGGAAAUUAUCAGAAUCCUCAAAUUCUUAUCCCAUUUCUUCUGAUACCACUUACAUGUCUAACAGUGUUCUCCAGAAGUAUUCCAGUCAUCAUUUCAACAGCAAUCUCAACUUUCCUCUCGAUUUGCAUUUUAUCCUUUUUGUCUAGAUUGAAUCACUAUUUCGAUCCGGAUCCUGCAUAUAUUGUAGUGAUCCUUCAUGUCACUACAGCCAAUUCUAUUUUUUUGAGAAGAUGUUGGGAUAAGUACCGAAGAGGUCCCUGUUCUUCUACCAUUGUCCGCCUCCUACUGGCCACUGUCGACAAAUCACUUCCGAUGCUUCUGACGACAACUACGUGUGCAACUAUAAUUCCCUUAGUUUCCAUCAUAGUCUCUCCUGCUAAAACCAUAAUUCCCUCCGUCACAAUUUGUCUUUUGAACGUUCUUCAAAACGUUUGCACGAUGACAGUCAUUUUAGCAGUUCUUCUCAUCCGAAAUACGUACAACUGGUGUAUUCCAACGGUCCGGCUAAGCUUUCUACGCGGGAUUCAAGCGUUUUUCGAGGAGAAACUUGUUUAUUUGGCUCAUCUGAUGUGCCAAAUUGGACAGAGAAUGUUAUCCUCCCACGCCAAGAUUCCAUUCGUUUUCACCUAUCUUAUUGUCAUCAUUGGAUUCGUAACUAUGAACAUAAUCCGAUUUCUGAACUUUAUGAAUGCCUCAAUUGACAAAGGAACAGUUGAAUGCUCGUUUUUCCGUUGUUACGAAUCAGUCACUCUUACUCUUUCCCUCUUCAUUGUACCGCCCGUUUUCUUCUGUACUGUAAACAAAAUCCAAGUGAACACAAUGAUUGCGUUGAUUGGUUUCUCAUUCACUUUGGUUGUUUUUGAACUUCUCAGAGAAUUUGCAUUCGAAAGCGUCCGAGUCGAGCCCAUUCAACACGUUGUCUUCAGUAUCAUUCCUGCUGAUGGAGCCCUCCGCUUUUGCAACAUGUACAGUAUGUCACGAAAGAAGAAUCAUAAUGCAAAAGUUCUGGAUACGGUGGACACGCUCUUCUCUCAAAUCACAAUCUCUUCUAUCUGCUCCUGCUCUGCUCUUCUUUAUAUCUUUUAUCACUUUUCAACAACUCCAAUUUGA